GGGUUUCUCUGUGUAGCUCUGGCUGUCCUGGAACUAACUUUGUUGACCAGAUUGGUCUCAAAUUUAUGGAGCUCCGCCUGACUCUGCCUCCUGAGUGCUAGGAUUAAAGGCAUGCGCCACCACCGGCCAGCUACUGAAGAACUCUUAAAACUUAAAUGUUUCUUGACACAUGUUCAUCUGUUAAUUAAUGAACUAAUUGUGGGUCUCAAAAGUCCAAACAUCUUACUUCACUCUCGUCCUUCCUUGAAGAAAAGUCAUGUCUGGCACAGGUGCCAGUCGCUUUCCCACACUCUCUUGCCAUGCCGAGACAUUGGCUGCACACUGUGUUUUGGUCUGGCUGACCUUGGACAAACCCCUCCUGUUUUCAUCACUGCCCACGGCCCUUGAUAAAAGGAGGUUCUUCCUUGCCUCGGGGAACGCUGCUCCUGUCCUGCAGUCCAGCUGCCUUCUUCACCCGGGUACUGCCACCAUGAAGCUGUUGCUCCUGCUUCUUGCCAUAUUUGUGGCAACAGAGCUGGUGAUGUCAGAUGCGUGCUGGAAGGACGGACACUGCCGGGUGAUGUGCAAGGACGGGGAAGACAGUGUCAUACGCUGCCAAAAUCGCAAACGCUGCUGCGUCCCUUUGCGUUACCUAACACUCCCUACCAUGACCGUUGAUGGAGUCCUUGGCUGGACCACUCCUACGACAUCCUCAAAACUCCAUAGAAAGAAGAGACGUCCCUACAAUUGGUAGAAAGGAUGUUGCUUCUCAUCCUUUAAAACUCACCACAUUAAAACUCACAGAACUGA